AAUACAUCGACAGACAGCCAUGCACUCAGAAACACAACUGCAAUCAAAGAGGCAGCAAAGUCUUUUGUGAAUAUUUGUUUAGGCGUUCUUUCUUUUUCUUAUUUAAGAAAGGAUGGACAAUGCUGAGGACCAAUGCAAGGAGAAAUCACUAAAUGACAUCAUCCACUAGAGAAGAGAAAUUAAGGACUAUUUUGAGUGGGAGAUAAUGAGGGAUCAAACAACCAGCACUAAGAUGGAAGAUCUGCUGAGGGAAUCUCAGAGGGAGUUGCAGUGGAUCCAAAGACAGCUUGCUAUGAUCGGGGCCAGAAACAGGCACCACCAGCAUCUCCUCCACAUCAAGGGCAAGUCUAAAAGUGAGUUUUCAUCUCAGCAAGGUGUGGGACAUGCUGCAGUCCACAAUGUGAACCGCUUUCGAGUAUUGGAGGAAAAAAACAGGGCACUAAAGCAGGAAGUGGUCGCACUCCGCCAAGAGAAGCAACAUUAUCGAAAAGUGAAAGCGAAGCUCCAUGCUGCCUUGCAGGAAAGAAAUCGUCUGAACCUCGAGCUGAUCAACCACCAGCUUAGGGCAUCCAAGCAUGAGCAGGUGCGAUGCGACUAUGUCCAGCUGAGACAAACGUUUGCCACAGUGAGCCGGGAGAAAGACAAGGCCCAGAAGGAAAGGAGCCAACUCCAGGCCAGAGUCGAAAAUCUGGAACAUGUGCUAAAGCAUAUGAACGAAGCCUUGCAGCUAAAACAACAAUUGCAGACAGAGUAUGAGCGAGGAUUGGUGGCCUUUCACAGCAAACAGAAAGAGAUCAAUCAGCUACAAAAGGCUUGGGAUCAAACUGACCAACAGCAUGAGGAAGCAGUACAGUUAUUAGAGGUCAAACUUUGUGGCCUGGAGCAGAAAUGCAGGUCACACAGUGAUCACUUCCACCAGCUGUCGAAAAGGCUGCCAAACAUCCGUUUGCAAUCAGAGCCUGUGGAGUUCCUGAAUAGUAAUUCCACCUUGGUGUCCCAGGUCCCGACCUCACCAGAGGAGAAACUCUCCCAAGUCAUUGAUGAAUUUGAAGCCCGGUUGCAGAAAGGUGAUGAGAGUGCACCAAAUGCUCAGCUUCUGAUCCCUCAGUUUUCACCCUGCCCUCUGCAGACUGAAGACAGUGAAGCAUUCAAACUGCUGUCUGUCAAAUCCAGCACCGUAGCAACGGAUCGCUCCAGCAGCCCCCGACAGCAUCCCCCAUCAGAGAUGGAGGAUGAGACACGCUCAUCACCAAGGUCUAAACCUCGCUACACAGGCCAGGUCCGCCUUUGCACUGCCCGUUACAGUUAUAACCCUUAUGAUGGACCGAAUGAACAUCCUGAAGCAGAGCUCCCUCUUGUGGCUGGAAAAUAUCUAUACGUGUACGGAGACAUGGACGAUGAUGGCUUUUAUGAAGGGGAGUUGCUGGAUGGUCAAAGAGGACUUGUUCCUUCCAACUUUGUGGAAUUUGUCCAGGAUAAAGAAAAACUAAUUGGAGAGGGAGGGGAAGACUUAGGCCCUCUGGAACACAUGUCCCUGGCCCUGAUGACCGUGGAUGGAGGUGCCUCCCAGGAUGUAAUGCUAGGCUCAAGUAAUUCUCUCGUUCCAUGCAGCAAUGGGACAGGGGGGACCUUAGAUCCUGAGGACUUAGCUGAGGAUGUUGUGCCUUACCCCCGUAAGAUAACCCUCAUCAAGCAGCUGGCACGUAGUGUUAUUGUGGCAUGGGAGCCUCCAGUAGUGCCUUUGGGCUGGGGGAACAUCUCUGGCUACAACGUAUUAGUCGACGGGGAGCUUCGUGCCAGUAUACCGUACACCGGCCGGACCAAGUGCUUGCUGGAAAAGCUGGACUUGGACAGCUGCAUUUACCGUGUCUCCGUGCAGAGCGUCACCGACCGCGGCUUGUCGGAUGAGCUCCGUUGCACCGUGCUGGUGGGAGCCAAUGUGGUGGUGGCGCCGUGCGGCAUGCGGGUGGAUGACAUCCAGCGGGACACUGCCGAGCUCUCCUGGCUGCCUAGCAACAGUAACUACAGUCACACUGUGUACUUAGAUGGGGCGGAGCAUGCUGUGGUAAAGCCUGGAAGGUAUAGACUACGGUUCCACAACCUGAAUCCCCUAACGGUGUAUAAGGUCCAAGUGGUGGCACAACCCCAUCAGGUGCCAUGGCAACUGCCUCUGGAGCAGAGGGAGAGGAAAGAAGCCGGAGUGGAGUUUUGCACUCAAGCAGCAGGCCCAACACCAUAUUGCAGAACAGGUCCCCCGAUGCCCCCGCAGGAUGUCCAGGUGCUCUGUGGGCAGGCUCCAGGAGUUCUGCAAGUCUGCUGGAAGCCUCCCAUCCUCUCUCCAACAGGCACAUCUAAUGGGGCAAAUGUCGUUGGCUACGCAGUCUGCACUAAAGGACAAAGGAUAGCUGAGGUGCUGUUUCCAAUGGCAGACUAUGUCACUAUUGAUCUGACAAGGAUUCAAUGCCUGGAGGCCAGAGAAGUCAUUGUUAAGACACUGUCAGUCCAGGGAGAAUCCCAGGACUCCCAAGUCGCCGUCAUUCCAAACAACCUGCUUGUGCCUCUACCCGCCCUGCCCCUGCCGCCCCCAAUGCACCCACACGUGGGCCCUCUUCCACACCCUCAUCCUCAGCCUCACCUCCCAUCUCCUCACCUUCCUCACCCCACGCCCCAACUUCCGCCUCCGCCUCACGGGCAACCUCAUCCUCCGCAUCCACAAACCCAUCCCAGACUUCCUCAUCCAUGCGGAACCCCGCACCCCCAACCACAGCCCUUACACCUGCAGCCUCGCCCUCUCCACCAGGGUCCCCGGCCCCAGCACCAACUGCCUCUGCUGCCCCACCCUCAACCCCACCCUAUACCUCAGAGACCAGUAAGUGCCAGAGACCUGGAUGCCAAAGAGCACACCGCCCACCAUGGAGGAGCUAUUCCGCCUGGCCAGCCCGGCUGGGACCCAAGUCGAUCACCUUUGCAGCCUCCUGUGCCCAUGCAAGGCCACACUCUGGAGGCCCCUCACCCUGUGCAUUUGCGUUCCCCCUCCCCUCAGAGGAUUCUUCCUCAGCCCCAAGGCACACUGAUCCCAGAUACCGUGGCUAAAGCUAUUGCUCGAGAAGCAGCACAGAGGGUGGCAGCAGAAAGUGGCAAGGUCUGGAAAGAGCACCACACAAAUGCUACACAAAAUAUUGUAGGAGACAGACGGAUGGGGAGAUUUGGAGAGCAGGGUCAUUCAUUUCACCAGCAUCCCUCUGAUGAGGAAGAGGAAGAUGAGGAGGGAUUUGCACGAGGACGUCGGAGAGGACCCUCGGUUGACGAGUUUCUCAGAGGCUCUGAGUUGGGGAGGCCGCCUCACUAUAGUCACAAUGAAGAUUAUCACAGCGAGAGCAGCCGGGGCUCUGACCUGUCUGACAUCAUGGAGGAGGAUGAGGAGGAGCUGUUCUCUGAGAUGCAGCUGGAAGAGGGACGACGACGCAACUCGCACAACACGCCCAAGACUAACAGUCCUGGUGGAGGCCGCCAUGACCGGGACAAUGGCAGGCGAAUUCAACAUGGUGGAUCACAUCCUAAGAGGCGACCUCUAAUGGUCCCAUCCAUUGAAGUAACCUCUGAGAAUAACAAUGAGGGAAUCCCCUCCCCCACCAACGAAGAUGUUAACUAUGGCAGAGUAGCUCGACACAAGGCGUGGUCAUCCCGCAGGCACACGGGCGGCAUCAGGUGUCCCCAUGACGGCUGCAGGAAUCGGGACCGACGCUCUCCAACGUACUAUGACGAGUCAGAGCCUGAGGAACCUUUUCGGAUAUUUGUGGCGCUCUUUGACUACGAUCCUCUGUCUAUGUCCCCCAACCCAGAUGCUGCAGAUGAGGAGCUACCAUUCAAAGAAGGGCAGAUAAUUAAGGUUUAUGGUGAUAAGGACACGGAUGGGUUUUACAGAGGAGCAAUAAAGGGCAGGAUGGGGCUUCUCCCCUGUAACAUGGUGUCCGAGAUACGAGCGGACGAUGAGGAGACCAUGGAUCAGCUCAUCAAGCAGGGCUUUCUGCCUCUCAGCACCCCAGUCGACAAAAUAGAGCAGAACAGACGAGGUCUCCGCCGAGAUCAGGCCUCCCGGAGGAUGGUGGCGCUCUACGACUACGACCCCAGAGAGAGCUCCCCUAACGUUGACGUUGAGGCUGAGCUGACCUUCUGUGCUGGUGACAUCAUUGCUGUUUUUGGAGACAUUGAUGAAGAUGGGUUUUACUAUGGUGAGCUCAAUGGCCAUCGUGGCUUGGUGCCCUCUAACUUCUUGGAAGAAGUGCCUGAUGACGUGGAGGUCUAUCUGACCGACACCCCGUCCCACUACCCCCAGGAAGAACCCGCCAACCGGCCCCCUGCUAACUCCGCCGCAGCCGUGUCAGAGGGAAAACGGGUCACUGCAGAAAACACAGACACGGCCAACAACAUUACAACCCCUGUCCGGGCGCCGUCCCCAAUCGUUCGCCCCCUCCUUCCAGGAACCAUGAGACCGCUCAGCCCUCUGAGGGGUCAUCAUGUUCCGCUGGACCCCAGGGACCCUCAAGACCUGGCAAACAAGAAGAAGAAAGGAAUACUCUCCAAAGGAAAGAAACUGCUAAAGAGACUGUCUCCUGUGAAGCAACAAUAAUGACAAUAUUUAACAGCAUAAAAAUCCUAUACGUGUAUCUGCGGGGCUCUGUACAUAGCAUCCAUACAAUCAACUGUGAUGUGGCAGGACAUUACAGAGUGGGCAUGUGACUCGCCUCCUUGACUGCGUGAGCCUAGCAAGUGAUACAAACACGUUCAGUACUGGAUAUAAAACACAUUAAUUUUGUACAGUGGAGUGCCAAAAUCAAGAGUGAAGUGACUUUCAAAAACAAACGCAUAUUACUGUGAUAUUACUGUAUUUCCGAUUAAGGGAUGCUUCAUCUAAAAUGAAAAACUAGGAUUUUCAUGACAUGCAUUACUACUGUUUUCUUUACUUUUAACCCUCCAUGGUACCGUUGUGCCCUCAAGUAGAAAAAAAAUCUUGAGUGGUUCAAUACUUUAAAAACGAGGGGCAUUGUUAAGGAAUCGAUGACAGUGCUUUAAUUUGCCAUUUUCCAACCAUUUUCAUCAGUUUUUAAAAGGAAAGAGUUUCACUAUUUUUGCCCCACAAGACAAGAAAAAGGCAUAACAGGCAUAACAUAAUGCCUGUUAAAGUCCAGCGUUGCCCACAUUCAAAAUAUUCUUAAAUGAUUUAAAUUAUUAUUUUAAAAAAAACAACAAACAACUAUAUAUAUAUAUAUAUAUAUACACACAUACAUACAUACAACUAGGAGCAUAAUGUGUACCAUAGAGGGUGAAUCAAGCCAAACUCUAAAUUUUCACCAGGACAGAACAUCUGUUCCUUUAGAGGAAAUCUUUAUUACACUAUACUGUUAUUAUGCGUUCUGUGGAGCAAUGCUGACUGCAAAAUGUAAUCUUUUUUUAGUGCAAUAUUUUAGAGAUGUGGUAGCAUAUAUUGGGAGAGGAGACACUUUUAUUUGAACGGAGCUUGCAUUCAGAAGAAAGCCUGUUCAAACAAUGAAGGAGACAGCGGAUUGGCAUCAGGGCAUUAAACGCCGGGCGAGUGCAGCCGUCUCAGUGGCCUUUUUGAAACACAACACGAGGACGACGUUCCUUGUUUUAUUACAGACUUACGACAGGUUUUUGUUUCACGACUGAUCGCCUGUGCUUUGUCACUUCUAGGAUAAAUAAAUUACAGGAGGUUUUUUUUGUCUUUGCUGUCAACCUGUCAUGAAACGCCUAGUUCAAUAGAAAAUUCUGUGUCUAUCUUCUUAUUGCACAAAGUGGAUGUUUUCUCCGAUUGGAUAAAGACAUAGUUCGUGUGCCUGUGGACGUGUGAUACAUUUUGUGUUUUGCACUUUUACUUUGACCUUUUUUUAUUUCUAUAGUAAUAUUCUGCUACUCUCUUUGAAUGCACUAUUGUUGAUACUGCACAGAUAUACAGUGAGUGGGACACAGAAACCACGUAAAAAAUUAUAAAUGAACAAAAAAAAAAUUAAUUCAAGGCAUGCAUUGCCCUUUGAUUUCAUCAUCAUGUCUGAAGAAAUAUUGACUCAUUUACUCUGACUUUUGUAUGAGUUAGUUGUUUUACUUGCACUUAACGUACGUUGAAGAGUAUACCACACCAAAUUACAUGUAAGGAAGCUUAUAAAUGCAAUUACUUAGAAAUCUGGUACAAAAUAACCAGAGAUCAUUCCUGUGAUGUCUGUUCAUAAAAAAAUGCAGGCCAAAAAACAUUUGCAGGCGUACAAUGACCUCGAAAUUUAUAGGCACCCUUGAUAAAGAUA